AUGGGACUACAGAUAUAUAUAGUUCAAGGUUAGGGACCAGUAUUACACCCAAAAAAACAGGUUACAUAGCAGUAGCUCCUGAAGAACAAUGACUUCUCCAAUGCUCAAAAUUCUGAUAGCUAUUCUCCUUGCGUCCAUAUCUUUUCAAGCAUCUGGAAAAUAUAUGGAAUGGUGCAUAGCUGAUGGACAGAUACCUGACGAUGUGCUGCAGAGGGCCAUGGAUUACGCUUGUCAUGUGGAUGGAGUAGAUUGCAGCAAGAUACAAGUGAACCAACCUUGUUACCUUCCAAAUACUGUGAAGGAUCAUGCUUCCUAUGCCUUCAACGAUUACUAUCAGAAGUACAAGCACAAGGGAGGCUCUUGCUAUUUCAACUAUGCUGCAAUAACAAGUGCUUCUGACCCAAGUCAUGGAUCAUGCAAGUUUGAGUAUAACCCUUGAAUGAAGUUUAGAGUAAUAUGAUUUCUCAAAGUGAAGACAGUAAUAAAGUCAAUGAAAUGUUCUGUCUGCGUCUCUUAAAUUGCUGUUGUUUCAUAGCUAAAAAUAUGAAAGCUUAUCGUGUCAAAAUGACAUUAAAUUCUUCUUUUUCUGCAAUUUAAAUUUAAAUGGUUGAGAAAUAAUAUUCAGCAAUGCCAAUUGUCAGUUGAUUUUCUUACAUUUUUAAUGUCUAUCAGAGUUUUACUGGAUUCA